CUCUUACAUAUUUCGAUCGGUAGCCACCCAGAGAAAGGCAAGACGCUACGCCGCUAAAAAUUUGACCGCUCGAAAACUUUUCGGUUUAGCUACUCUUACUUAAAGAGUGCCUAAUCUUCUCACCACGUUCUCUUCCCCUCUUCUUCUACAACCACAACCGUUCGAAUGUCUACAAGAAUAUUCGUCCGCGGGCUUCCCCCCACCUUCACCGACGCCGAGCUCCGCGCGCACUUUGCAAAGAAGAAUGAAGUCACAGAUGCGCGCCUGAUCCCACACCGCCGGAUAGGCUACAUCGGCUUCAAGACGCCCGAGGAUGCGCAGGCUGCUGUCAAAUACUUUAACAAGACGUACAUUCGUACGUCGAAGAUUGGGGUUGAGAUCGCAAAGACUGUAGCAGAAACCCGCGAGUCAAGACCCAGUGAGGCACAACAUCAACAUGAUCCAAGAAAACGACAAAAACUUUCUGGAUCGACUGCCACCACUACUACACAGUCUGAGGAUGGCAAUGGCCUGAAACGGAAACAUGACGGCAAACCGGAUGGUGCCUCCCCACCUAACAAGAAACUUCAGGAGUACUUGGACGUCUAUGCUCCUGGUUCUAAAUCUAACACCUGGGGCAACGCCAAUCAUGACUCUGCCACUGUCCCCAUCGCAGAUGCGGGUGAGGAUGAUGAUGAAUAUGUCGAGCUUCCAGCGCUCAAGAAGACAGUCGGCGCGGAAUCCGUAACGGAACCAAAAAUACCGGUGGCUAUAAUGAGGAUUGAGGAUGCGAAUGAUGCUGUUGUCCAGACCGAUGAAGACCAAGCAACUGGUCCGGUGUCAGAUGCUGAUUGGCUCAGGAGCAAGACCAGUCGUCUGUUGGAUCUGACGGAUGAUGUCUCCUCCCGCUUGACUAUGGCUGACUCCAAGCCUUCCGCCCCCACCAUUCCCCAGGUUGCUCGUCCGUCGGCUACCAACAUUCCCGCACAGGCACAGGAGGAUGUUACCAUGGCUGAAAUGGAACCAGAACAGUCAAAGUCGGAAUAUGAGGAGGCCAUCGAAAAGAUCGCCAGCACCGGGAGAUUGUUCGUCCGUAAUCUGUCCUACAAUACCACCGAGGAAGAUUUACGACAACAUUUCUCUCGUUUCGGAGAGUUGGAAGAGGUUCAUCUUCCGAUUGAUAACAAGACGCAAGCCAGUAAAGGUUUUGUAUACGUGCUAUUCAAGAAGCCCGCGGACGCGGUGGAUGCUUUCAAAGAGUUGGAUCAGACGGAGCUCCAGGGACGGCUACUACAUAUCAUUGCCGCAUCCCCCAAGCGGGAAACCAAACUGGAUGAAUAUGCCAUCUCCAAACUACCCUUAAAAAAACAACGCGAGUUGAAGCGGAAGGCGAACGCUGCGACCAGCCAGUUUAGUUGGAACUCUCUAUAUAUGAAUGCCGACGCCGUCAUCUCCUCGGUGGCCCAUAAACUGGGCGUGUCCAAGGCAGACCUUCUUGAUCCCACAUCCUCCUCUGCCGCUGUGAAGCAAGCCCACGCCGAAACACACAUCAUCCAAGAGACGAAAGCCUACUUCACCAAUAAUGGUAUCGACGUUGCCGCCUUCUCUCGCACGGAGCGCGACGACCGCAUCGUCCUGGUCAAGAACUUCCCCUUCGGCACCAAAGCCGAUGAGCUCCGGAAGCUCCUGGGCGACUUCGGCGAGCUGCGGCAGCUGCUCAUGCCCCCUGCCGGCACCAUCGCCAUCGCCGAGUUCCAGGCUGCGCCUGCGGCCAGAGCUGCAUUUUCAGCACUCAGCUACAGAAGGUUCAAAGACGGAGUCCUCUUUCUCGAGAAAGGACCGCGCGGAUUGUUUACCGGUACUGUCACGGCCACUUCCACCGCCGUUCCCACCGACACAGGCGUCGACGCGAAGCCCUCUGCUGGCGACCUCAAGACAUCCACCGCCGCCGCCACCGACGACGACGUUACCACGCUGUUCAUCCGCAACCUCAGCUUCACCACGUCCGCAGCCGCCUUCUCCACCGCCUUCUCCGCGCUCCCGGGCUUCCUCUGGGCCCGCGUUAAGACCAAGACCGAUCCCAAGAAGCCCGGGCAGACACUGUCCAUGGGCUUUGGCUUUGUCGGCUUCGACACGCCGGCGCAUGCGCGCGCCGCACUGGAAGUCAUGGACGGGAAGAAUCUGGACGGCCACAGGCUGGCGGUGAAGAUUGCGCACCGCGGCGCGGACCAGGAGAAGGAGGGCGGCAAGAAGGCGGCCGGAACUAAGAAGGACGAGGAGAAUAAGACUAAGAUCAUCAUCAAGAACUUGCCCUUUGAGGUUACCAAGGCGGACGUUCGCUCGUUGUUCGGCAAAUAUGGCACCCUCCGCACCCUGCGCAUGCCAAAGAAACUUGGCAACCGCACCCGCGGCUUCGCGUUUGCGGAGUUCGUCACGGCCCGGGAGGCGGGUAAUGCAAUGGAGGCGCUCAAGGAUACGCAUUUGCUGGGCCGCCGGCUGGUGCUGGACUACGCGCAGACGGACGCCAACGAUGCCGAGGAGGAGAUCGAGCGCAUGACGAAGAAGGCGGGCGCUCAGAGCGAGAUGGUGGAGUUGCACAGGCUCCGCGAGAAGAGCAAGGCCAAGGUUGUGCUCGACGAGAGUGGCGCUGUGGAUGAUAUGAUGGAUUGAGUACUCUACCUAGGUAAUUUUCAACGGGGGAGGAGGAGGCGGAUGGUAAAAGUUACGGCUUGCUUGCUUGUUUGGGGGUUCGGCGUUUUCGUUUCGUUUCGUGUCUUUGGUUGGCUUGGAUGGAUGGGACGAAUUGUGGUUUACUUUGUGUUCUUUACUCUUCACGGAACCAAUUGAGCAAUGAAUGCCAUUCCUUUCGAAUCCAAUUCCAUUCGGUUGGUUCCCCCGAUC